UUUUUUCUAUAAAUCGAUGAAUGUGUGUGUUCAUUAAUUUUAUAUAAAUUUUCCAUUUUAGCAAUGCACAGUUUAUAAGAUGAUGAAAAGUUCAUGAACAUUUGUGUUCAUAUAUUUUAAUCUGUGGAGACUCUAUUAUCGAAAAAAAUUAUUGUAAAUAAUUGUCAUAAAAAAAUAUGAUAAACUGUCAUGUACCACGCAAUGUAAUGACGGUAAUGUAAUGACUGUAUAUAACAUUAUGAGGCAAUGCCUGCUUUGUGUCUCGGUCCACGCAUAAUUUCCUAUAAAUGAAUGAAUGCGUAAAUGUAAAACAUCUUUAAAAAAAUAUUCAUAAACCGAAAUAUUCUCCUUCUGCAACAUAUACGCAUUCGUGGAACGAAACACAUGUAAUUUUUUCCACGAGAUAAUUAAUUGAUUGGCAAAGUUUUUAUUACAAUAGGUUUUUUUGGGUAAUAUUCUCGUGUUAAUUACCUUUGACGUAAAAUCCAUCCCUAAAAUUACAAUAGCACGCGCGGAGAGAUCUACGUCGUUUCGUACUCUUUAAUCUGCUUGUACACAAUUUUCUUGUAAGUACGACAGAAUAAAGUUGUAUAUUGUUGAACAAAACCAGCGUGUGAAGUAAAAAGAUUUAUAUACGUUAGUUUUUAUAAAAAAAAAAAGAAUAUGUUUCGAGAGGAGUAUGCAAACGUAUUGUGUAUUUUAUACUUCUCGGACGGAUAGAUCGGGUUCCUGAGGUCAGAGCACACAAUUGCGAGUUUACUUCCCGGAGAAAACAAUAAGCAAUUAGCGCGGGGAUCAUUAAAAGUUCGAGCCAACACAGGUCAUACUUUCGGCAACGAUGGGUCGUCGGGAUUUCGAAGAGAAAAAGGUCAUAUCCUUUCGAAGUGAUGGUCGAAGACGCAAGGAUGAGAGACAGAACGCGAGAUCGGCUGCGAAACAAGGGAGGAACGACGAGGGAGAUAAACAUAUACUGGACAAGAGCACGCGCACUCGAGAAGAGGAAACAGGAGUAAUCCCGGGAUGAAGAGGAGAAGGAGCGACGAGGACGUGAAACCGGCAGCUAAAUAUCGACAUCGGGAAUACUUGCUGAUCGAAUAUGUCGGGGCUGCGGAACCGGCGUCGCAGUCCAGCAGAGAGGCAGUCGUCAAGCAGGAGGAGGGGAAGGCGAUAAAGACCGAGGACGUCAUCGAGAAUGAAGUAGACCGGCAGCAGGAGCAAGAGCAGGAGCAACAACAACAACAGGAGCAACAACAACAGCUGGCGACCUACGUGGCGACGAGCGAGGAGACCGGUGAAGAGGAGAGAGGUGUGGGCGUGCUGGAGGCGGGACAACCGGAAAUGGAAAAUGGCGUCAUGGUACAGCCAACCGGUGCCGAAGCAGUCGCUAUUGCGGUCGCCGCCGUCGCCAACGACAAUCACGCCGACGAGGAUCCAAACCCGACUUAUACCCUUCACGAGCUGGGCUACCAUCCCGCGCACAUAAUCCAUGAGAGUUUCGGGGGCGGCGACAUGAGAGAAGAGCAGCAACAGGUUUCGCAGCCGCCCCACCAAACGCACCACCAACAGCAACAUGAGACGCACCACCACCGUCAACAACAGCAGUAUAUUCAGCUUGGGGCAAGAGAAGUCCCGAUUCCUGAGGGUGGGGAUAACCGGCCGUCGACAGAGGUCUCCGUCGCAUCGGAAGGACGCCGUACCAGUCAUAUGUCUCACUCCACGAUGCAUCGUUACGGUACGGAGACGCUCUCGCCGACGACGACAGACCAUCAUCAUCAUCACCAGCAGCAACAACAACAACAACAAUCACAGCCGCAUCACCACCUGUCCGAGGUGCAUCAGCACGUCGUCGCUCUUUCGUCCGCUAAUCGUCACCUGGACGAUCCGCAGCAGCAUCAGCAUCACCAGGAGACGGACGAGGACGUGGACCGAGGCGUCAGCGGCAUCGCCGCGGCCAUCAGGAGCGUCAGGGGCGAUUAUCUUGGAUUCUUCACGAAUCUCGCUUCCUCCAACACCACAUCCAGCAACACUGGUAGCAACCAUCAUCAUCAUCAUCAUCAUCAUCAUCACACGUCGCACCACCUGGAGGACGUUCUCUCCGAAGAACCGUAUCUGCAAAUUCGCGGGGCUGCACUACCGACCAAUAGUGGUGGCGGCAGCGGUGGUGGCGGUGGUUCACCGUCGAUGAGGACCGUCGGUGGUUCCCCAACUUCCAGUCACAGUCCGCACGACGAUCAGGGCCUGUCGUCGCCGCAUCGACAGGCCCAGGAAGCUGGUUACAGUCCCACCGAUCAGGGCAGACUGCAGUCUUUCACGCAUCUCACGACGAUGCAGCCACCGUCGGUGCAGACUAAUCACGGGCUGCAAGAGGCCGAGCGAGUAUCGGAUCAGCUGUACAUGGAGUCGAUCUACGCGCAUCACGCGACCGCUGGUACACCUCAUCAUCAUCAUCAGGAUCAGCACGACCACUCCGCGCCGCAUUCGCCCAGUCCACUUUCCAGUUCGUCAUAUCGACCAGUGAACAACGUAAGUACGAUGGGGAUCGCAACCGGAACAGGGGGUACUUAUACUCUCCCUUAUAUGAACAGUCCGGAGUUGGCGUCGUCUCAGAUUUGGAACUCUCAAGGUCUAGGCUCCACGCUUCCAAUUUCUGAAGAUUAUGGCAGCACGAAAGCUUCAGGUACCGUGUCUCAUCAAUCUUUGCCGGCUUUUUCGCAACCAUUUGCACGAAACAGCUUCCGUUAUAGUCCACCUUACGCGACCUCUCAGCAAAAUGCCACCGGCACCACCGGGGCUGCCGUGGAGGCUUCUUGGACGUACGCAUCGCCCACGAGCGAUCCGCUGACAACACAAUACAACACAUUCUCGAAACGUCAAACCGUAAACGUGACGGCGCCGACGCAGAUGUCCGCUGCAGCGAGUCUAAAUGCAAUGCACAACAUCGAGGCGGAGUACUUUACGGAGGGUCGCGAGUGCGUCAAUUGCGGCGCGAUUUCCACACCCUUAUGGCGUAGGGAUGGCACCGGACAUUAUCUCUGCAACGCAUGCGGUCUCUACCACAAGAUGAAUGGAAUGAAUCGUCCUCUAGUUAAGCAACCACGUCGCUUGUCUGCUACGAGGCGAGUUGGUCUCUCUUGUAGCAACUGCGAAACAACGAUGACAUCUUUGUGGCGUCGCAACGCACACGGCGAACCGGUGUGUAACGCUUGUGGCCUCUACUUCAAGCUGCACGGCGUCAACAGGCCGUCCACCAUGAAGAAAGAUAGCAUUCAAACGCGAAAGCGGAAGCCCAAGGGCGGAAUGAAAACCAGCGACACGCCUCUCACGAGCAACGUCGCGCAAUGCACAAACAACAACAAUAAUAACAACAACAACAUCAAGCUCGAGCCAGAUACCUUCAACGAAUUGAGGAUGGCUCACUCCGGCGUACCGCCACUUCAUACGCAAGUUACAUACUCGAGCAAUCUCUACAACAACACCCAGACUUCGAGCAGAAUAGUGCCCUAUCAGCCCACAACCACAGGCCUGUAUUACGAUAUGAUCAGUUCGCACCAGCAGCAACAGCAAUUGAUAGAGACUCAUUCGCCCAAGAUCGAGUGCCCGUCCUCACCUUGUGUCACGCGUUCGCCCGGAAUGGCCUCGGCCGGUCAAUCGCCUGAUCAUCACCAACUCACCUCGCCGCAUAUCGUUACCCUGGGAAGUCCGUCCAGUAGCCCGGCUGGUCCCAAGAUUGUGCUGGACAAUGGACACCUGGAGAGAUCUACGGUUGUAUCAAUAUCCUCCUAGAAGGCUGUUCGGAAGGAAGUUCGGGUCAGUUCUCCAAAUUGGACCGUUAUAUUUUAUAUGAGGGAGAUUUGUUGAUUAUAUAUAUAUAUAAAUAUAU